AUGAACACAUAUACGACUAGUGAAAAUAAUCCUUUCAUUGCCUCCUCCGAAGAAAGAGAGACCAUUCAUCAUGAUGAUGAUGGUGAUCACCACAAGAAUGAGGAAUUGCUAAAAAAGGAAAUUGGAGAAUAUAAAGCAACUAAUGGAGGAAAGAAGGAAGGAGAUUUGAGUUGCACCAUUUGGAGCGUUAUUGUGUUUUUCAUAUUGGGUGCUAUUUGGGGUUCUGCAUUUUCAUUCAUUAAAUUAUCGGUGGAUCCAAAAUUUGGUUUCAGUUCCUUCUCAGUCGUAUUUAUGAGACUCGUCAUUGGUGGAAUUUUUAUGGUCAUUCUCUUAAUUGUGAAUUUAAUUCGAAACAAGGAAUUACGAAAACAAGUCAACAAACAUCGAGGAAUUCGAACCAUCAUUUACAUGAUGAUUCUUGGAUUUUUUAACAAUGCAGUGCCGUUUAUUUUAGUUGCAUUUGCUGAAGAAUCAAUCAAUUCAGGAAUUGCCUCUAUUUUGGACAGUAGUAUUCCUUUGUUUAGUAUUUUUAUUGCACAUUUUACUUUAAAAGGAGAACGAAUUACAAUCAUGAAAUUAAUUGGAUUGAUUGUUGGAUUUGCUGGUGUGAUUUUGGUGUGUUUGGAAAAUGUCAUUGUGGGUGAGAAACCAAGUACGGAUCAAAUCUUGGGUUAUGUAGGAGUGACACUUGCUGCUGCCUCAUAUGGUAUUGCAUCAGUCUUUGCUAAAAAGUACUUGAAUGACGUUCCAGGACAAUUUGUGGCAUGUGGUCAAAUCAUUUCUGCUGCUCUAUUUGCUCUUUUAGGAGUAUUAAUCUACGAUUUGGGAAUUGAUUCAAGACAUUUGAGUUACUUCAAACAUGCCAACUAUCUUGCUUGGAUCUCUGUCGUCUACUUGGGAGUUUUUUCUACAGGUGUUGCCUAUGUUUGCUAUUUUUAUUUAAUCAAAACGGUGGGCAGUGUGAAACAAUCAAUGGUUGGAUAUUUGUUACCAAUCUUUGGUGUCGUGGAAGGUGCAGUCUUGUUGGGAGAAUGGAAUAAUAUUCCGUUCUAUAUUCCAAUUAUUGAAGUGAUUGGAAUGAUUUUGAUUUUUGCAGGAAUUGCUGUCGUCUCGUUCCCUUCAUGGCAACAAUUAAGGAAAGGAGCAAAGAAAAUUGCCACCAGCAGUCGAUCAGAAAAGGAUUUGGAGAAGGCAAUUAUUGAAGGACCUAAUGGCAGCACAAGCCAAGAUCAGGACGAUUCGAAUCAAACCACUACUACCAACGAAGCAUCAUCCCUGCUUAACCAAUCCAACAGCAACAAAUAUUACACCUCAACAUCAACAACUCGACAAGAUACGACCAUUCAAUAA